AUGGCCGCCAAAAAGAAGGUGCUUGCCUUUAGGGACAUAACUCCUCAAGCUCCUACACACAUUCUUAUCAUCCCUAAAGUCAAAGACGGGUUAACUGGUCUAUCCAAGGCUGAGGAGAGGCACUUUGAGAUUCUUGGGCGUCUUCUUUACACUGCUAAGCUGAUUGCAAAGCAAGAAGGUCUUGAUGAUGGCUUCAGGAUUGUAAUUAAUGAUGGGCCAAAGGGAUGCCAAUCAGUUUACCACAUUCACGUGCACCUCCUUGGGGGAAGACAGAUGAACUGGCCACCAGGCUAAAAUGUUGGAAAGGAUUCACAGAGAUUCCUGGGGCAGUAAUACUCUCUGGUUGUGUUAUCUUUCAAUAAUGGUUUAAGACAACUAAUAAGUUGCUACACUUUACUUGAAGGGACUAUGAUUAAGUUAGAUAAUCAGUAUUGAAUAUGUUUGAUAUGUUCUGUUGAAUUUAGACUAAAACUAAAUUCCAAAGUCCUUUUCUAGAUUCUGAUUGUUGAUGGCAUUCCAUUAUACUUUAGUGUAAUGCUGCACUAAUAUUAGGGGCAUCAAUGCUUGUGG